AUGAAGUUCGAGAUCAGGUUCACCAGCUGCUUGCUAUUUGCGGCAACUGAGGCCGGUCCCAUUCCCACAAAGCCCAGCACCCAAAAGCCUCGGACUAAUGUCGACCAAAGCCUGUACGAUGAGCUGAUUUACUACGGCAAAUAUGCACCGACAUACCCAAACGCGCCAUGCCAGAUCCCUCCGCAAGGCACCGUGGUGCAAGGCUUCGCCAAUGCAGACCCAACAACGGAAAUGACACUGUUCCGCGCCGAUGGCGACCAAGAACUGGUCAUGGCCUUCCCAGGUACUGCCGGCCUCGAAGAUUUACUCACCGAUAUCAGUGCGACGCUCGUGCCGUAUGUCACUCCGGGGGUGAAUUGUUCAGCAUGUCAAGUCCACAUGGGUGGGUUGAAAGCCUGGAAUGCGAUACAACCCGAGGCGAAGAGAGUUCUCGAUCAGGCCAUCGCCGCAUAUCCGAGCUACAAGUUUAAGAUUGUCGGUCACCGUCUCGGUGGGAUGUUGACGAAACUGGCGUACACGAGUUUCGCUGCCCAGGGAAUAUGA